GGCACCAGAGGCAAGCUCUCCAGUCCCCAGUGGACCGUACAGGCUCUGGGACGCUGCAGACAGACCCGUGGACAGACAGACACUUGGCCUGUCCAUGGGGCUCAGUGGGGGACAUUCUUGGCUGCUGGUGCCACUGUUGCUGCUGUUGACUGGCCUCCAGCGGGGGACAGGCCUGGAGCGCAUCAGCUAUGUGCCCCAGCUCUCAAGCCCCACCCUGGCGGGGACACUCACCCAGUCUACCUUCACGCUGGAGCAGCCAAGGGGCCAGUUCAGUCGCCUCAACAUCUCUGACUUGGACACCAUCUGGCUGGUGGUGGCCCAGAGCAACGCCACCCAGAACUUCACUGCCCCACAGAGGGUGGAGGACAUCCCAGUCCCCGCUGACUUCACCAGGAGGGGCUACUACCUCACACUGAUGGCCAACCGGUUGCUCUACCCGGACAACCAGCCUGGCAGCCAGCUCCGGGUUCUACGUGUUGGCAAUGACACCCGCUGCUCCCCUACGAGGAGAGGCUGUAACCACCCUCUGCCGGGCCCGGGCCCCUACCGAGUGAAGUUCCUUGUGAUGAAUGACAGGGGACCUGUGGCUGAGACAGAGUGGUCCAAUGAGACCCGCCUGCAGCAAGGUGCCCCUCCCCCAGCCUGGGGCAAGGGAUGGUUGGUCUGGAGAAUGUUCCCAGGUCAGAACUCUCCUCUCUGCCCCCAUGCCUACCUGGGGAACCCCUCACACCCCUCAGCCAAGGCACUGCAGGCUACCCCAGGACCCCAAAGCGCGGGCACCGUGGUCAUCAUUGCCAUUUUGUCGGUCCUGCUGGCUGUCCUUUUCACUGUCCUCCUUGCUCUGCUUAUCUACACCUGUCAUGACACCUGCAGGAACGCUCCCAUUUCGGGCCCAGAGCAGUUGACAUGUGUGAGGAGAUACAACACGCACCACAUGACCAGCCCUCCAGCCACGGGGGCCACCUGAGGGGAUUCGCACCUGUCCCUCGGCUUCUCCCUGCAGAUCCUGGGCUGUGAGCAUGCCCCAAAGCUUCUGGAGCCCCAGGAGAGGUGGAGGGAGGGUGUCCUUAGCCCCAAAUUAGGCCUGUCCCUGUCAGAAAUAAAUGUCCUCAGCAACACCCUGCA